AGUAUAAAGAUAUAAUUAUGACGAUUUGCAUUGUUUUAAAAUAUUCAAAAAUGUACCGUCUUGAAGUUUAAACUAUACAUCAUCCUAUUACUUUUUUAAAUAAUCGCGGUACAGCGCCGCCAAGCGUAGAAAUAAUGAAUCCCGCACGCGGUUGCAACUGCCUAGGGAUUAUUUGUUGUUUGUAGGUUGCCAGUAUUGCGCCAACUAUCAGAAUGGCCGUUCCUGUCAUUUUAAAUUUGAGUUAUACUAUAUAUAUAUAUACAUUGAUAAAAGUCCUCGUAUAAAAGUUUGACACCAUCAAUUUCAAUGAAACAUGUCAAUUCACGUUACUGUAAGCGGGAAUCCUGUAAAUAUACGUCGCGGGAGAAUGAUAUUAUCGGAUCUAGAUCAAAUUAAGAAGAAUGAACGCGAUCGCCGACGGAGGUUACGUUUGGAGCAGGUACGGCAGCAGUCAAAAGAAAUAUCGCACCGACUUUUGGAACGUGCUAAAAGAAUAGCGAGGGAAGAACUUAGCAAAUUGGAAAAAGAUGGAAAAUCAGAGCUCAAACAGAUGCAUGACAGGAAGAUUAUGGAAUUGCAACAGAAAUACCAAGAAGACCUGGAAGAUAUUGGUCAGGCUCAUGCUUUAGCUGCUUUGCAGCCAGAUGCAGAUGCAAUAAUAAAGGAGGAGAGAAAGAAAGAUAGAGCUAUGGCUCUUAAAAGAGGAAAAGAGGCUGUAGAACGCAUGAAAGAAGCUAAACAGGACAGUGCAGAAGCAAUGCAUCAAGAGAGAUUACGUAAAGUACGAGAAGUAGAAAAUACGAGAGCCGCGAUGGUAGCUAAACUUCCAAAGCCAACAUCACCUGAGAAAACCAGCAGGACGGAAACAACUUCUUCCCAAAAAGAUACAUACGAGGAAAGUGCUCAUAAAACAUUAACUCCAACAAAGAAGUCCAAAAAAAUUUCUGAAAAAAGAUCACCUAGAAAAACGAAGAAGCCCAAUUCAAAAGAAAUUCAGAAAGUAUUAUCACCGAGACCAGGCCCUUCAGGAUUACAAAAACAAUCUGUUAGACAAUCCCAUAAGACGCCUUCGAAGAAGAAAGUGGAAAAGGCUGAUCGCAUUGAACGUAUCGCUGUUGAUGUAAUGGACGAUCAAAUACCGCGAAGAACAGUGCCAACUAUGAGUACUACUCCAACUAAAACUCACAAAGUUGCAAGGUACAAUCCGGAAGAUUACACACAGGAUACAUCAGAUAGCACGAGCAGUAUUAGUAGCAGCAGUUCUAGUUCAGUCAGCGAUGAUUCGUCAUAUUUCUCUGAUAAUACGGAACAAAUUACGUGUAGCAGAACUCCGAGGGCGGUUCCUUUAACCGAGAGCAAAGUACGAUUGUACGAUUAUACUUCCCGUCAGAGAAACGUUUACAACAGGCCUCUUGGUAUAGUUGAAAAAAUCGACAUUCGGAACGAGCCCAAUGCAAUAGAAGCAGCACAGGCGAUGAAAAACGCAGAGAAUGUGAAGAUGCAUACAUGCAAAACUCAUAAAAUAAAUGCUCAGCGUCGCGGUGAGGAUGCAAUCUUGCGAGAAAAAGUGCGCAGGGAUUACCAAGCGCUUGUGCGGAAUCUGGAUCAUCUGGCGCAGGAAGAACGCAAGUUGAAAGCUAGUCAAAUUCAAUCCAACAUAGAGGAGGAUCCACACGUGCGGUUACACCAAAGGGAUAAGUGCCAACUAGAACAUCAGAGGAAAUUGACCCGUGCGACUAAAAAAGUUCUCACUACAGAUGACAUACCAGAUCAAUAUUGUCAUCUUACCGAGAGAGUUGUAACUUUACAAACGCAGAAGAAGGAUGACGUGCCUCACUCCAAAUGGCACGAGUCUCAGCCGGUUGAGGAUGAAACGGACAUCUAUCAGGAUAAAGACAGUGAGAUGUCGCGCGAGGAACAAAUAUUGGACAUGCUGAAGAAAGUCGAGAGGCAAAAGAGAUUAUUGUUACAAGAAUUUGGCUCAAGUCUACCGGACGAUAUAUUCAAUGUUAGUAUAAGACCACUCCUCGAUGACCGCGUGACGCCAAGAACGUCGCAGGUUACAGAUGCUGCCAUGCCUUCAACAUCGGAGAUUAAAGUUAUAAAUAUGUCUAGCGAUGAAUGCGUGAAAAAAGAUCGUAAAGGCAAGAAACCGGGAAAAUCGCCCACGAAAAAAAGUGAGAUCGCUGUGCAAGCUGCACUGGAUAAAGUUAGUCACGCGGAGAAUAAAGCUGUGCAAGUAGAAUUGCCUGAGGAGAGCGUAAAAGUACCGCAUCCCCCUAGCGAAACAACCCGAGUACCUCAUCCGAUUGAGCCAAGAAUUACUAUUAUUACACCAGAAACGGACGACAGUAGUAAUGAUUCAACUAGCUCCGAGAUCAGUGGAAUGGUCAUCGAGAUUGAUAAGAGAGAAGUGAUCGUGACGCCCAAGAAGAGGAGAAGCAGUACAAAAGUAUCGAAGCGACCGUCGCCUCGAGUUUAUCAAAAGAUUCGAUCGACAUCUGUUAGUUCCAAGGCAACCUCACCGAUAAAGAAGUUUUCGAGGUCUCAGUCAACCUCCCGCCUAACUAGUCCGCAGAAGAAAACGAGGUGCACAGAUAUGCCGGACACGACUAGCAGAAGAAUCGAUAUACACGUGAGCAAAUCUGCAUUCUGCGAUGACGAAACAGAUCCGUCGCAGGAAACGAAAGUAUCGAUAGACGCUAGCGCGGAGAGCUCGCAAACGAUUUCGAACAAUCAAGAUCCAUCCUCGAGCAAACCGUAUCGGGUCCGAACGCAGAUGAAAAGGUGGAUUCGCAUAAAGGACACGUCAGAUACAUCGACGUCAUUCGCGAGCCCACCACCAGUGAGGCCGAGAUCGGUCUUCGACGCGUUGACUAACGUUACACCGAUCUUGGAGAUGUUGGAUUCCUCGGGACCCGAAGAGCUAAGAAGAUUACGAGAGGAAGUCAGUCCGGUUUCUACGCCGGAAACUCCCUCGCCGCGUACAAUGACGAUGCCGUCGAAUAUUCCGCACCGUGAGAGGAUCGCCAGAAUGCUCAGAUACAAUUUGAUUGACUCUCAAACGAAUGACAGUACUGUACUUUCCUCGACACGAAUCGAUCAAACGGAUCGGUCAAUUAGUUGCCAGCCAGAGUCUGCAUACCCACUCACUCCUUUGCAACGACCAUCGAUGCCGUCCAAAGCCUGUACGUGCAAAAUUCCCACGUGCGAGUUGUUACAUACAAAACUUGACGAUAUUCAUGAUUAUGCGCUGAAAAAUUGUCCAGAAAUAUUACAAAAGUAUGAAGACCUACAGAACCUGUGCACAGAGAGAAUAGCGUCCUUGACUGACCUCAUCGAAAAAGUUCGAAGUGAACAGAAAGGAAUGGAUCUCUCACUGAUUAGUCCAAGCGACGAAACUAGCUUAAUGCAGUUAUCCAUGACGAGACCAGCGCGUAACGACGUGCAAGCUGUGCGUAGAUUGAUUGAAAGCAUUGAAGCGGUUCAUGCCCAACUUGCGAGAACUCUGGCUGAAUCGCAGAGAAUUAUUGGGGGUGCGGCGGCUCCGGAGGACGAACCAUCCCGCGAUGCAGAGGUCCAAGUGACCACUUCUACUCCUGCUCGAAGUAAAUCAGUAGAUACAAUAGAUACAGCGCACGUACAGAAAUCUGAAUUAGUAAAUGGCAAAGCUAAGCCAAAGAUUAUAAGCGAUGAAAGAGUUAAUAUACAGCUUAACCGAUUUAAAAUACAGCAAAAGCCUCGUGCAAUGUCGGUAACAAAAACGUCAGAUCGUAACUCUUGGCCCCCGUGUACGUUUCCUCUUCACGAAGAGGAGGUAAUAGAGAAAUUGUCGAAGGAAAUUUUGGGAAAAGCGAGCACUGCUUUUGCAACCUCAAAUGGAGAUAAUGAAGUCUCUGUAUCGCAUAAUGCGCCGGCUUUUAAAGACGCUAGUCUAAGAAGCAGUUCCUCAUCAGAACAUGAAAAGGACAACAGCGUUGCGAGAGAAAUUACUUCCAUUCAAGAGGCAAGAAAGGAAAACGGGUUUAUUCCAAUAGCUGGCACUCCCAAAAUAUCGCGCGAUCAUGGAACUGCUGCAUCGAUAAGCGCAAGGCCUAAACCUCCUGUUACAUUAUUAAAUGGACCAUACAGGCCAGAGUUGGAAUCAUCAGGACACGAACUAUCAACGAUAGUGGAGUUUGAUACGACAGAUACAGUUAAUAAAAACGUCAAGAGCCCAACAAAAUCUAAACCUUCAGUACAUGUUGCACCUUUAUCCGUUCAGCAGUAUAAAAAUUCCUCUAAAAAGUUAUCCGAUUCAACAUCUGAUGUAAAACAUCCUAGUGAAAGGUUGAGUCCCGCGCAGAGAUCACAGAAAACUAGAAUUUGCACUUCUCCUGGCAAACUGACAAACGUGAUGGACGGCAUUACGUCAACGAAAGCUGAAACGGAGCAGGAACACACAUUCGAGAAAUGCAACAAACAGUUGCAGUGUAACACAAUUACGGAAGACCUUGUUGCUGAAGCGAAAGAUAAACUUGGCUCUUCUACAAGUACCGAUGCUGCUAAUAAUCAUAAGGAUAGUAAACAUAAGACAACAUCCACUAGUUUAUACAGUUUUUCCGGGCUGUCUGGUAUUUCCGAAAUAACGAGUUCUCCGUCAUCAGAUGCCCUGAAGUGUGCGUCGUCCCCUGAGGAAAUGGAAACUGCCUUGAAGAAGCUAGGUUUGGGUUGGGCAGUCGCGACGCUGAAGAAAACUCGGGAGGCAAGUGCUCUUAGUUCAUCAUCGAAUUCGGACGUCACGCCAGUAAACACUGCUAGAAGAAUGAUUUCUCCGACUAAGAAACAUCAUGAUCCCAGUGGCCUUCCUGACAUCAGCGACGUAUCGUCGAUAUCGAUUAAAGAAGCCAGCAAAAGCACCGAGCAAGCUGUACUUCUGAAAGGAAGAACUUCUACGCCUAAGUUCCAGAACUCGAAUUCCAGCGAAAGGUCCAGCACGACAAAUACGUCCGAAAGUAUUCAAGAUCCGAGUGAUAGUUUAACUGUGCCUAAUGUGUCACUUACAAAGACAAAAUCUGAUAAUAAGCAACAGAGUCCUUGACAUAAAGUCUUUUAUAUAUACAAUAAUGUUCUCACUCACUUAUUAGAGAUAUAUAUAUUAUUAUAUUUUAUGGGAUUUUACGGGAAUUUAGUUGUAAAAGAGGAUUCUCACAUUAUUUUUAAGAAUGUUAAUAUAAUAUAUACAUGCAAUUUUUAUCUCAGACAAUAACUGUUAUAUAUACGAGGAGUAUGCACUUACUUUUAUUACAGAUAGUUCAGAAGAAGAGAAAAUAUUUGCACCUAUGAGUAUUGUGAGGAUAAUUAUUUUUAAUACUGCUCACUGAACCGCGUAUUUUCUCAACUGAUCAGACUGAAUAAUUAAAAGGAUGAUUUACCGAUGUUUAACAUAAAAUUUGAAAAAUUCAUGGCUAUACAUUCAGAAACAAAAUUCACAAAACAUUAAAUAAUUAAAAUAUCUUUAGGUAAAUUGUGUGUUGCACUGACAUGAGAUACAACAUUUUUCAAUAUUUCAUUAUAACUUUAUAAAAAGUUAUAAAAGGAUUUUAUAGGAAGUUUCAAAGCAAUUUUUCUUUAUAUUAUUUCAUGCAAAGUAACCAUGCAUAAAAUUAAGAGAAUUGCUAAUUCUAUGUUAUAAAGAUCAAUAUUGUGAACUAUGGUUGACAUCUUUUCAGAUUGAUGAAAUAAGCUCCAACAAUUAAAAGCAUGAGAGACUAUUGAAAUAUUAUGCGACAAAGAAUAUAAUGAAAUUAAGACUGACAUCAUAAUUUAAAAUGUGAAUGACUCAGCAAAUAUAAUUUGUAAAAUAGC